ACACCAAAAUCCACGUGAAAACACCUGAAUAUUUCAGGAAUCUCCUUUUUUAUAAUAACUCCUGUCAAAAAAACCAAUCGCAAACAGGCUAGCAGGAUACUCAUGGCGGACCGCAACAAUGGCAAGAGGAGGCGAGGUAGCGCUCUUGUAGAAGGCUACGAACGCUCCGCGUUUUCCACACCCAUCGCCCAGAUCUCGAUUCCCAGUAUGGCUGCAGCGAAUGGGUUGCUUUCGUCUGGAGUCAAUGGAACUUCAGCUCGUUUGGAGGCUCUCGCACAUUCCUCAGCACCUCUCGCGGGUCAGCUGAACCUUAUGCUACAACAAGAUACCACUCUAACCUCCCGAAUGUCAGGUGUCAGAAGCAACAUCGGGUAUCCGGCAGGGUUGUCCCUUCGUCAAGCAGCGGACCCCAUGUUGGCGGGGCAAACUACUGGUAUCAUGGGCACCGCCGCUUCGUCUCAGCAAGAUCAGUUCCCUCACACGAAGGCCCUCCUUAGCCUGUUGACAAAUGGUUCAUCGCGUGGAGACGACAUCCAGGCGAGGACUGUGCUCCAGCAGCUGGUCCAGCUCCGAUUGUUGAAUCAAGUGCCGCCUUCUCCCGCACCGCAAGUCAACAGCUACGAUGCAGUCGCAGGCCUCAUGAACUUGUCCAGCAGAAGCAACAGCAGCGCGCUGAGUAGCGGACCUGCCGCGGCUCAGCCCAUGGCGACGUCGCUUGGACAAGUCAACGCUGCUGCUCCCUCAGCUCCUUCCGCUUCCGCAACGAAUGGGAUGAUUGGUCACUUGUCACAGCCAACUGCGGCACUUCCCACAAACGGCACCGGUACCGGUACCACUACGGGUGGCCAAAAUGCCUCCACACCUUCAAAUGCUCAGCUGACAAAGGCGAUCGAGCAGCUCAUUACGAUUGCAGGAGCACCCAACAAUCAUGAGGCCACCACCCAUGGACAAGGUUUGCCAACACUUGCCACUACCAAUCAGAGCGCACAUGCUCUCCAAUCGGGUGCCUCUGUGGGAGCUCCGGUGAUCACUGCACCUUCUCUAAAUGCAAGUGCUACUGUUCCCAGUGGACCCAAUUCUGCGUUGAUUGCUCAAAUCACAAGCCUCUUGAACCCUUCUUCUCCUCCAAGUGUCAUCAACACAACUGCUGUUGCGGCUGCCCCAGCUCCUGGUUUGUCAACGAGUUCCGUCACUUCUCCCGAAGCCGCAGUAGAGCCACCGUCAGGUUCGAGACCGACCAAGCGGAAACAUAGCGAGAUGGACGAGGACGAAGACCACUGCUCGAGUGCCCCUUCUGUUACUGGCAUGACUGGUACAGCUGCCGUGGCCCUAUACAUUACACGAGAUGACGAGCGGCUCUCUGCCUACCAUGCCUUGGCUCGCAAGCAUAUGGAAUUCUUUGAAGCCGACGAUGAAGAUUCCUCGAGCAACACCCGUGGCCGGAAUCGACCCAUUGCCUUGGGUCAGGUGGGCGUUCGUUGCCGAUGGUGCAGCCACCAAGCUCCAAGGAUGCGCAAACGAGCCGCCAUGUACUACCCCUUCAAGCUGGAACUACUCUACCAGGCAUGUCAGACUUUGGCCAGUGUCCACCUCUGUGUCCAGUGCGAGCACAUCCCGGCGGAUGUCAGGGAAGAGCUGGUCAAGUUCAAGAGCGAAAAAACCUCGGCCUUGGUAGGGAAGAAGUAUUGGGCUGAUGGCGCUCGGAAGAAGGGUGUCUACGAGGCGGAGUACGGUUUGCGCUUCCGAAUUCCAGCCGAGCCCCAGAAAGACAGUGAUACAACCGACACCACUACUAGUAGGGCUUAGUGGAAAGGAAGCUUACUUACUUGUGCCUUGAAGAUGUUGUCACAUUGCAUUUUUAAACUAAAAGAAUAAUUAGCACACAUUGGACCAUCU